AUGAAAGGGAACGUGCGGCGCUCGGCAGGUGUUCGACCCCGCCGUGGAGCAGUGGUCGGUGCUGGGCGCCGCCAUGUCGCUGGGCCGCUCCUACGCCGGCGUGGCCGUGGUGGAGCGCGCCUGACGCGCGCCUCCCGCGCCGCCCGCCCCGCCGGGUGCCGCACCCGCCCCGACGGGCGCCGCCCCCGCGCCGCCCGCCCCGUCGGGUGCCGCCCCCGCGCGCCGCCCCGGCUGCGUGGACGUGCACGUGUACGCGAGCGCCCGCCCGCGCGCGCUCCAGACUUAAUUUUUUUUAUGCAGGUGGAAGAAAAUGUGUACGAGAGUGUAAACGUGGCGGGUGCGAUGGGCGGAGUGGGCGGUGUGGGCGGUCUGGCGCCGCCGGGCGUGGGGCGCGGCAGCGCGUACUGGUGGUGGCGCGUGGCGCCGCCCUGCCGCCGCCACCGCCGCGCCUCGCAGACGCUGGAGUUCAACUCGCGGCUGCUGGGCGGCGCGGGGGCGGCGGCGGGAGCGGCGGCCGGGGUGGGCGCGGGGGCGAGCGGCGGCGGCACGGUGCCGCGGCGCGUGUGCGGCGUGCGCGUGGAGGUGGCACGCGCGCGGCUGUCGGCGUCGUGCGGCACCAUCGACGCGGCGCCGCCCUGCGUGCUGGUGCUGCAGCGCUGGCGCGCGCCCGCCUCGCGCUCCUACCACCUGCUGCCGGAGAGCCAGCGCGCGCCCUACCGCGCUGCGCUGGCGCUGCGCGCGCGCUGCUGCGAGGCGGCCGAGGACGACGCCGAGGCCGAGGCCGGCCGCGACGCCGACGCAGACGACGACGACGACGACGAGGAGGACCCGCCGCGCCCGGACACU